CCAGGCUCAUCUCUUAAAUUGUCUGCGGGCGUUUAACCUUUACUAUCAUGACGUUUGUUUCUUUCCAGGAACGCUUGAAGCAAGAACAGGGAAAGGGAAAGGAGAAGCGGGAGGAGCGGGAGGAGCGACCAGCAUGCACUGGGGGGCGCUUCAUAGGUUGGGGGCAGGAGUGCAACACAAAGCCCUCCUCUUCGUACGCCUCAUCCGCGCCUGCCGCCACGCCCACCCUCCACCUCACAAUCGCCUCCUCCCCGAAAACGACGGAAGUUGGAUCCGCCAUCCUCACGAUCACCACCGCGAGCCCCCCCUCUUCCUCUUCCGGCCCGCCGCCGGGAUAGGGAGAGGGAUCGGGAUCGGGAUAGGGAGAGGUAUAGGGGUAGGCAGGGGUGGAGGGACAGUUGGUGCGGCGUGGCGAAGGAGGUCAACAACAAACGCCCUCAGCUCUACCACGGCCUCCUCUACCACGGCCUCCUCUACCGCGGGCUCCUCCACCACCACCACCGCCUCCUCCUCCCGCUGCAGUCUCGGGUCCAACCAUCUAGAUAGACGAGGAGGCAGGGUACGGACUAACCAGAAGUUGAAUCAGAUGUGUUGAGCGCUAGCCGACCUCCGCUCUCUCUCCAUCCAGCUCUCUCUCUCUCUCUCCAUCUAAUUCCUACGUGCAUACGCCAUAUGCGUGCAACUCCUGCAAGGCUUUUGACGCGUUGAUCCCUCUAAAUGUACACCUACGCUAUUUACAGUUCGCCGUUGUCGUCUUCCAGCAUGGCCAGAUACGUCAGCAGG